AUGGCGCCGCCGCCCCGCACCGGCCACCCCCGGUGCCGCCGCCUCCCCGCCGAGGCCCCGGCCCCGCUGGCGGCCCCGGCCGAGCGCGCUGAUCCCGCCGAUCCCUCCUCCUCUUGCUCCCUGGAGCGCGGGGGGAGCUCCGGCACGGCCCCCGGGGGCAGCUCCGGCACGGCCCCCGGGGGCAGCUCCGGCACGGCCCCCGGGGGGAGCCGGAGCCUGGGACCGGCGUGGACAGCCACGGAAUCGAUAGGGUUGGACUGGGCGUCUGGAGUCCGUACAGUUCAACCCCUCCGCCCAAGGCAGGGCCACUUGGAGGGGGUGACACAGGAACGGGUCCGGGUGGGUUUGGAAUGGCUCCAGAGAGGGAGACUCCACAACCUCCCUGGGCAGCUGUUCCAGUGGUCUACUGCCCUCAAUGUAAAGGAGUUCUUCCUCAAGUUCAGGUGGUACUUGUUGUGUUUGUGUUUCUGGUCAUUGCUCCUUGUCCUAUCACUGGGCAGCACUGAAAAGUGCCUGGCACCAUCCUCUUGGCACCUGCCUUUGAGAUAUCCUUGUGCAUGGCUGAGGUCCCCUUCAUUUUUCUCCAGACUAAACAGGCCCAGCUCCCAGGAUCUCUUGAGAGAGAUGCUCCAGCCCCCUCACCAUCUUUGUGGCCCUUCACUGGACCCUCUGCAGGAGCCCCUCGCCUUUCUAGUGCUGAGGAGCCCAGACCUGCACCAGGACAGACCAGGAGGAAGAAGGGGGUGUACAGACCUGUUCCUUACAGUAACCCUCAUCUCCAGAGAGGUACCUGCCCUUCUCUCCAAGCAAAACUACAGUUGCACCACUUUAAGGUGA